GCGGCAGUGGGGAUCCCGCGCACACACACACACGCACACACACGCACACACACACGCACACCGAGAGCACACCGCUCUGUGGACACGCCCUGCUGAGGAAACACUAGCACUCUUUCUGCUGAGGCAUCGCCCACGCACAGCUCAGAGGGAACUGUCCUCCAUCAUCACCUUCAACAAACCCACUUCUCCUCCUCUUCAUCACGGAAAUCACAUCCUCUCGGGCCUGCUGUUCCAUCAGGCUGCUUUCUCCUUUUUUCCUUUCAUUUGGACAUUUGCCUGGCACCUUUUUAACAGUGCCACCACAACAAAAGACUUUUUUUUAGAAAAACAUCGUCAUUGGAAAAAUCAAGAUCUGCCAGCUGAAGGAGCUGAAUCUGGGCCAGUUAAGAAUGGUGACACAGAUAAUCAGCACCAUGGAGACACAGGUGUCUAACGGUCCCACUGCAAACAACCUCCCCAAUGGGCCAGUGAUGGGCAGCAACUCGUCAGACGAUAGCAAAACCAACCUGAUCGUCAACUACCUGCCGCAGAGCAUGACCCAGGAGGAGUUCAAGAGCCUGUUCGGCAGCAUCGGGGACAUCGAGUCCUGCAAGCUGGUCAGAGACAAGAUCACAGGUCAGAGUCUUGGCUACGGCUUUGUAAACUACGUGGAUCCUAAUGACGCAGACAAGGCUAUAAACACCCUGAAUGGCCUCAAACUGCAGACCAAAACCAUCAAGGUGUCCUACGCGCGGCCGAGCUCCGCCUCCAUCCGCGACGCCAACCUCUACGUCAGCGGGCUGCCCAAGACCAUGAGUCAGAAGGACAUGGAGCAGCUGUUCUCCCAGUACGGCCGCAUCAUCACCUCCCGCAUCCUGGUGGACCAGGUCACAGGCAUAUCGCGGGGCGUCGGCUUCAUCCGCUUUGACAAGCGCAACGAGGCGGAGGAGGCCAUCCGUGGGCUGAACGGGCAGAAGCCGCUGGGCGCGGCCGAGCCCAUCACCGUCAAAUUCGCCAACAAUCCCAGCCAGAAGACGGGCCAGGCUCUGCUGACCCAGCUGUACCAGACCGCGGCCCGGCGCUACACCGGUCCCCUGCACCACCAGACACAACGCUUCCGACUCGACAAUUUAUUAAACGCCAGCUACGGAAUCAAAAGCUGUCCCUCUCUGCUUGCCAGGUUCUCCCCCAUCAGCAUCGACAGCAUGAGCAGCCUGGCGGGAGUCAGUUUGACGGGUCCCACGGGGGCUGGCUGGUGCAUCUUUGUGUAUAACCUGUCCCCUGAAGCGGACGAGAGCGUGCUCUGGCAGCUUUUCGGGCCCUUCGGAGCCGUCACAAACGUCAAGGUGAUCCGCGACUUCACCACCAACAAGUGCAAGGGCUUCGGCUUCGUCACCAUGACUAACUAUGACGAGGCGGCCAUGGCCAUUGCCAGCCUGAACGGCUAUCGCCUCGGCGACCGUGUGCUACAGGUCUCCUUCAAGACCAGCAAGCAGCACAAGGCCUGAGCUGUUGAACACAGAGCAAUUCAUUGCCACGACUCCUUAAACCUGCAGGCCAGCCUCUGAGCUUCCUGCCCAACAUGGGUCUGGAUAGAAUUUUACACACAAACACACAUACACACUCAUAUGUGCACGCACACACACACACGCACACUCACACACACAUUUGCACGUGCAGGUAGUGUCUUUUCACUUAACACUGUACCUUCCUUAUAUUUGCCUGCAUUGAAUUAUCAGGGGUGUAGUCAGAACAGUGAGGGGCGUGGUCAGUGCAGUGAGGGGUGUAGUCAGAACAGUGAGGGGCGUGGUCAGUGCAGUGAGGGGUGUAUUCAGAACAGUGAGGGGUGUAUUCAGAACAGUGAGGGGCGUGGUCAGUGCAGUGAGGGGUGUAUUCAGAACAGUGAGGGGCGUGGUCAGUGCAGUGAGGGGUGUAUUCAGAACAGUGAGGGGCGUGGUCAGUGCAGUGAGGGGUGUAGUCAGUGCAGUGAGGGGUGUGGUCAGUGCAGUGAGGGGUGUAUUCAGAACAGUGAGGGGCUUAGUCGGAGGUACAGUCUGUUCUGUCUAUGUUAUGCUUCAGUUGAAUUCAGGCAAAUAAUGAGAAUCAGGAAACUGAUGAAAAAGUGAAAAGAAAUAACAACAUAUAAACAUGCAACUGAUCCUAAAGCCAACCCCGUCUGCUCCCCUACUGGCUCCUGGGAAAAUAUAGCAAUUUUUUACAG